ACAACGAAGAAAUUGACGUCGUCUCUUGUCAUCUGUUUUUCUGUCAAAUUAUCAUUUUUGAAUUCAAAAAGUCCGUUUGUUUACAAUUAAUUUAUUUUACAUCGUACGUCGUUAUAAAUUAUUGCAAAAUAGAACUGUAACAAAGAAAGUACCUUAGUUUCGAGUGCCAGUAACCAUGGAUUACUCCACUAUCAGUAACAAGACCAACUAUACAGAGGCUGAAGAACUUACAAAUGGUGAACUGAGUGAACGGUAUUAUUUGCUCAAGAAACAAUACGACAAUCUGUCGAGUAGUUAUGAAGCGACCAAACAAGAGGUACACGAUGCUAGGAGAAGCUACCAAACAGCUUUGGACGUUCAAAGGCACUUGAAUGCUGAGUUAGAAAGUUACCAGGCUGAUGAAGGUCGACGUAAGAAUGAGUUCACUACUCGUAUAACAAACCUUCAAGAAGAAAUCUCAGAGCUAAAAGAAGAACGUACACAACUCACCGAACAACAUGCAGCAGAAAUUACUAAGUUUGAAACUCAGAUUCGUAAUUUGAAAGAAGAACAAUCUUUAAAAGUACGAGAAAGUCCGGAGCGAGAUAAUUCUGAGUUAGAAGACGCGCGGAAAACUGUGAAUAGCGCUUUGUCUGAUGCCGCUGCCGCGAAAGCAGCGCUUGAAGAAGCCAAAAUGGAAAUCGCAUCAUGGCGCUUAAAAGCUGAAGAGUUAAUCUCUGAGAUGGGUGAGAUGCGUGCAGCUGCUGACCUUAGGAGGGAGGAGCUUAGGGCUGCUAAUGAGAGGGAAGCUACAGCGCUUGCUGAGUUAGCUGAAGCCAAAGCUAUGCUUCAUCAGUGCACAGAUAUUCAGCAGGAACUACAACCUCAUGCUGCUAAAGGUAAUUCCAUUUUUGCUGAAGUUGAAGACAAGAGGCAGGAAAUGGCAAAGAAUCUCAUUCAGAUGAAACAAACAAAUUCUAGGCUGAGAAGAGAGCUAGCAAACAAGCAAGCAGAGGUAGAUGCCUUGCUGCAUGAGAAGCAAACAGUCUGGGAACAGCAGGCCGGAGCUGCAGCUCACUAUGAUAGAGAACUUAUUGAAAGUUAUGAAGAACGUAUCACUCAGCUAGAAGGCGCCUGUGAGAAGCAGCGCCGCGAGCUGUCGCGGUGGUUCGGGAAACUAUGUGAGCCCACUGCCAAUGGCUGGCUGCCUGGAGUACUGGACCACUUGAAAUCAGAAUGCGAGCAACUUAGAGCCGAGGUACUAUCGCGGGGCGCAGCACAGCUCGCCAGCGCGGCGCAAGUCAGGGAACUUCGUAGAAAACUGGCACUGCUCACUGCAUCUGCCACCAAGCAGGCAAACUCCCCCGCAAACAAACCUGACCCUAACACAGAUCACAAUAAGACUGAUAUUGGCAUGCCUAAAGUUGCUGUGCAAGUUAGAAGUAAACUCACUCCUGAUGAUGUUAAGAAGAAAGUGUCUUUUAAUUAAAAAUUGUGAGUGAAAAUGGUUCAAACAUUAUACACAGAAUUUUAAACUUUAUGCACACUGAAUAAAAUUAAAAAUUGUGUGUAAGAGGGCCUUAACUAAAACGAUGUAUUGUUAUGUAUAGUUAAGUAGGUAUAGCUAAUUGUUAAGUUAAAUAAACAUAAACAAACAGUAU